UUCCAAUUUCAUUUUAGAUGUCUGUCUAGCUGUAAGGCAAAAAAUAAAAAGAUUCUAUACAUUUGUGUACGCAUACACAGAUUGUUGUCAAUCAUGGUGCACGUCAUACAGAGCAAAGAGGACUUCGAGCAGCAACUGUCCAAUGCCGGCGACAAACUGAUCGUCAUCGACUUCUGCGCCAAUUGGUGCGGUCCGUGCAAAAUAAUUGCACCCAAACUGGAGGAGCUGGCCGCACAGUAUGCCGAGCGAGCCGUCGUGCUGAAAGUGAAUGUCGAUGACAACGAGGAGAUAACCAUUGAGUAUAACAUAACCAGCAUGCCCACAUUUGUGUUCAUCAAGAGCGGCGAGGUGCUGGAGGUAUUUGUCGGUGGCAACUCGGAGAAGCUGGCGAAAUCAAUGGAGAAAUUUGUGGGCGAUGCCGACGAACCAUUCGACGAGGACCAUCAUUUGCAACAGCAGCUCAGCAUGUCCUCGGAAAGUGCUGCCAGCGGCAGCACCGUUUGUGAUCUCAGCGAGGAUGUCGAAGGGGCACACGAUCUACCAUCUCGUGUUCAAAGUGCCAUGGACAAGGAGGGCAUCUUAGAGAAUUAGCGAAGUCUCACGGAUAUUGAAGCACAACAAAAUAAAAGCAUACAUAUUUAUACUAACUACUCUCAUGCAAAUAGAUUGUAAUGCCAGUACA